CUGCUCGCUCAGGUACCUCGGUAUCGGACACACCUGAAGCUACCGCAGUUUACUCGGAAUUCAACGACGCUUUUCCAUCGAAACUCUGCCCUAAUCGACGCUUUUAUAUCUUGCCAAUGAGGAAUUGCGCCGUUUCUUAGCACACGAACGGUUAAAGUGUUGUUUAUGAGAUUUUGACUCAUUUUAUAAGUGAUUUCAUUGGUUUGGAGGAUGACUCUGGCUCAAUUCAGGAUUUUCGGGACAGCAGUGUUUCUGCUCAUAUUUCUCCAUCAAUCUCCAUCGGCGGCUCAAGAAGAAGAAAAACUGUGCAAGGAUAAAUUCAGUGGCGGCAAAGAGGAUUUUGUGUUGAAUACCGAUGAAUCGGUGAAGGAAGGAGCCACAUUUUUAGGUUCUUCUCAAGUCUCUAAACCUGAAGACUGUGUUCUGGCCUGCUGUAAUGAUGCUAGCUGUAAUCUGGCCCUGAUGGAGCAUGGAGAAGAUCCCAAAAGUAUCAACACCUGCUUUAUUUUCAACUGUCUGUACAAGCAGAAGAAGGUCUGCCAUUUUGUGAGGAAAAAGGGCUUUACUAACUACCUGCGCAAAUCUGUUUUCAGCGAUUACCUCGAGCAGAAAGUUUCAGCCGUAGAGGAUAAAGCUCCGCGUGCAGUGGCCGGACAGGACCGAGUUGUUCAACCUAUGGAAGAUGUGACGCUUAAUGGCAUCGAGAGCUCGGAUGAUAAAAAGAUUGUGAAAUAUGAGUGGGAGCAAGUGUUUGGAGACCCGUCUGCUGUAAUGACGAAAGGGCAUUUUGAGGACUCAGUGACAAUCUCCAAUCUUUCUCCGGGGAUGUAUACGUUCAGACUGACGGUCUCAGAUGAAGCUGCACAGACGGGAUCCGCAGAGGUGUCCAUUUUGGUUCUGACCCCAGAACAGUCACUCCAUCACUGUCUGGUGCCGAAGAAGGAGGGUCCGUGUCGAGGCUCUUUCCCACGCUGGCAUUAUAACGCCGUCACAGAGAAAUGUGAAGAGUUCAAGUUUGGAGGCUGCAAACCUAACCGUAAUAACUAUCUGGCGCUCAACGAAUGCCAGAACGCCUGCAACAAAAUCUCAGUGUCUAAUAUUGAUUCUCCUCCUCCUCAUCCAUCUAUAAGACUGGGUCCCAUUCACACUGCUGAGCAGUGUGACGAGCCUUGCAGUCCUGAGCAUUUCACAUGUGAUAAUAAAUGUUGCAUCGGGAAAGAUCUGGAGUGUGACUCAGAGCCGCAAUGCAGCGACGGCUCGGAUGAAAAGGAAUGCAACAAAUUGAAUAAGCAGCUUGAUCAUUUGCUGACAAUCCGUCUGGAUGUAUCUAAAGCUAACUGUGUGGACCCGCCGAUAACAGGACCGUGUCGUGCCAGUCACACCAAAUGGUAUUACAAUCCAUACGAGCGUCGCUGUAAUCGCUUCAACUACGGUGGCUGCAGUGGAAAUCUGAACCACUUUGAUACUGAGGUCCAGUGCAUGACAUUCUGCAGCUCAGUCUCUGAGUCUGAUGUGUUUGCCAGAAAAUCUCAGUUUGAGAAGCAAGAAGGCAAGAGCAGCGACACAGCUGCUAUUGCGAUGGCAAUCAUCCUGGCCUUCGCCAUCGCCAUCCUGCUGGUCAUCAUCGCCUGCUGCCUGGUCAAAGGCCGAAAGAAGAGUCGGAAUAAACACCAGCAGGUGGCGGUAAACGGCGGACACGUUCGCGGAUACGAGGAUUCAGAGAAACUCGUCUACAACAGCACAACCAAACCCAUGUGAACCCCAAACCUGUGAAAAGAUCACCCUGUAUAUGCAGUAAUUACCUGAGCUGUUUCCAGUAGACUGUGCAGCAUUUACUCCCAGUUUGGUUUAUAUCACCAGCAUCUUUCUUAGGAAUGCUGC